AUGGGGAAGGGUAAAGCAAAGGUUGUCCCUCAGGAGAGGAGGGACUUCAGGUCGGACCACUAUAACAGCAGCAACAGGCCGAGAAGAGACUACGUGGAGCAGCCCGGACCUACUGGGGCUCAAGCGGUCAAUGCUAUGUUCCGAGAACCAUUGCACAAGAUCCUGGAGAAGGUGAAGUGCGAACCCUUCUUUCAGUGGCCGAACAGGAUGGCAGGCGAUCCCUCAAAAUGCAAUCAGAAUCUGUACUGUGCGUACCAUCAGGAGCCUGGUCACACCACCGACGAUUGCAGGAAUCUGAAAAACUAUUUGGAUCGGCUUGUCCGAGAAGGAAAGCUGAGGCACCUAUUGCACCGCCCUGAACAGUCAAAUGUCGAAACCAGACAAGGCACAUUGAGGCCACCCAUUGGCACAAUAAAUGUCAUUCUCGCCGCACCUAGGAGGACCGGUUCCAGCCCUUUCAAAGUGAUGUCAGUGGGUAGGUUCCCGACUGGGCCAGACGAAAGGGAAUCCAAGAGAGCCAGAGUAAGUGCCACGCCAUUAAUUGGGUUCACGGAGGAGGACAAGCAAGGGACUAUUCAACCCCAUGACGAUGCCCUAGUUGUGACGCUCAAAAUAGGAGGUUAUGACGUGAAAAGGGUGUUAGUUGACCAAGGCAGCGCCGUGGAGGUAAUGUACCCAGAUUUGUACAAGGGGCUGAACUUGAAGCAGGAAGACCUGUCACCAUACGAUUCCCCUCUGGUCAGUUUUGAAGGAAAGAUCGUCAUCCCGAAAGGCAUGAUUAGGCUGCCUGUGCAAACUGACUCGGACGUGGUAGAGGUGAACUUCAUUGUCGUGGAUGCAUACUCCCCCUACACAGCUAUUGUGGCCCGGCCGUGGCUUUACGCACUGGGGGCUGUGUCAUCAACCUUGCACCAGAAAGUGAAGUAUCCGUCAGGAGGCCAAGUUAAAGAAAUAAUAGGGAAUCAAGGAAUGGCUAGGCAAUGCAUGGUGUCGGCAAUCUCACGACAACCAAAUAGGGAGCCUUCCACUUCAGCCGAGAGCGGCUUAUAG